CUUGAGUUCUGAAGAGUUUCUGAAAGAGUUAGUCUUGGAUGUUUGUUUUUUAUGGCUAUGAAAGAGGUUUGCGUUUGGAAAGGGCUCGUUUUAGCCCUUUUCUUCUUUGCUGUUGAAGGACAGAGACCAGGACCAUCCUUCUUGGUGUCGUUUCCUGCACUGAUUGAGUCUGGCUCCGACGCAAAACUUUGUGCCAGUCUCUUAAAUCCCAAUGAGAGCCUCACCAUUACCAUGUUCCUAGUUGAUGAGAAAAACGUGACAACACAGCUUGGGCAGCAGAGGUCUUCGACAACGUUUCACAGCUGUUUUAGUUUUCAGGCUCCUCUGGUAGAUGGGGAAUUGGUGCAGAAAUUGAGGGUGAUUCUUCAAGGUGGGUUCUUCAAAAUGACCGAAGAGAGGAAAGUCAUGUUUAGACGUUACAUGCCUUUGACCUUCAUUCAAACGGACAAACCCCUUUACAACCCAGGACAAACUGUGAACUUCAGAGUUGUGACCAUGAAUGCUAAACUUGUUCCUUUUGAUCAAAUGUACAGUCUAGUGGUGGUGGAGGACAGUCAGAGUAACCGGAUUGGUCAGUGGGUAAAUGUCUCUUCAACGAUGUGGAUAUUGCAGCUUUCUCACCAGUUAAACCCAGAGGCUCAGGUUGGGAUGUAUACAUUGAGGGCCUACAUUGGUGACCAAAUGUUCUCACAGGUUUUUGAGGUGAAAAAGUAUGUUUUACCCAGAUUUUCAGUCACUGAAACGGUGCCACAGAUGUAUAGUGUGGGAGAUGUGGGACUGAAAGUUGAGGCUUGUGCCAAAUACACAUAUGGGCAACCUGUACCUGGUCAAGCGUUGGUGGAAGUGUGCCGUGAGCCGUUUCCAUACUCUGUGGUACCUGAUUUAUAUCCUGUGUGUAUUAAUAAAGCCACUAAGAUGAACGACACUGGUUGUGCUUCACUUCUCUUCAGUACUUCAGCAUUUUUCAACACCAAAUUUGAAAAUAACCUGCAAGAUUCACUUGUGGUUAAUAUCAAUGUCACUGAGCAGGGAACUGAUAUAAAGAUGGUAAAAUCCACAACUGUGUCCAUUAGCUUUGAAGUUGGCAAGGUUGCGUUUUUGGAGCUGCCUGGGUUCUUUGAUUAUGGAUCAUUGAUUAAUGGAAAGAUUUUGGCAUCCUAUUUUAAUGGGACUCCAAUUGCAAGCAAGGCAGUGUAUCUACUGGAUGGUGGCCAGUGGCCCAACAAACUGCUGCUGAAUCUGACUACAAACCAAAAUGGACUUGCUGCUUUUUCGCUCAAAACUUCUGACUUUCCUAAAGCAGAUCUGAAUUUGGUGGCAAGUGCAACUGCAACGGUUGUUAAUGGUUAUAAAUCGCCAUACUUCAGUAUAGAUACAAGAAUAAUAUCACUUUCGAAAUCUGCUACUCCUGACAACCCAACGUUUAGUGAACUGUCAAUAGUGAAGCUUAAGCAGCCCCUGAAAUGCAGUGCCAAGUAUUCAGUGACCAUCAAGUAUUCGUUUGUUGGAGAGACUGGUGAUUACUCUGCUGACAUCAUUUAUAUGGUUUUGUCCAGAGGACUGAUUGUGCUGCAUGGAUUUCAGAAGGUCACAGCGACAGCUUUGAAUGCACUUACAAGCGGUACAGUGACGUUUGAUCUGUCUGUCAGUGUGGAUAUGGCUCCAGCAGUGAAGAUUUUGGCCUACUGUGUUCUGCCCAGUUAUAAUGUUGUUACUACAAGUGCAUCAUUUGACACUGAAACGUGUUUCCAAAACAAGGUGUCUCUGCAGUUUUCUCCUGCUACAGCGGUUCCUGGUGAAGGAAACUCUUUGAAUGUGUCUGCUCAAGCAGGAUCUCUGUGUGGCCUCAGUGCUGUUGAUCAGAGCGUCCUGAUCAUGGAGCCAGGAAGACGUCUGAGUGCUCAAGCGGUGUUCAACUUGCUCCUGGCGCAAUCACUAUCAGAUUAUCCAUCUGGUGUUGAGGAUGAACAGGAAUGCCUAAAUGUUCGACCUCGUCGAGCUGUUCCUGCAGACCAAGCUUAUGAAGCUUUCAAGAGUGUGGGGCUGAAGAUUGCAACAAAUCUGCCAGUCCGAGAACCUCAGUGCCUGACAUACAGAGGCCUGAACUACUAUCGCAACUUUCAUGAUGUGUUAUUUCGUGAACCUGUAGCCUUUGCAAUGGCUGGUGCACCUGCCGUAGGUGAGAGUAGCUCUUUCGAUGUGACUGUCAGGACUUAUUUUCCAGAAACCUGGAUCUGGCAGCUUGCUCAAGUGGGAGACACUGGAUCCACACGAGUUCCCUUCACUGUUCCUGACACAAUCACCACAUGGGAAACGGAGGCGUUCUGUCUGUCCUCCAGAGGUUUUGGUUUGGCUCCUCCUGUUAAUCUGACAGCCUUCCAACCCUUCUUCCUGGAGCUCUCCCUGCCUUACUCCAUUAUUCGUGGGGAGACUUUUGAGCUGAAGGCCACAGUCUUCAACUAUCUGUCGAAGUGCAUCAUGGUGAAAGUAACUCCAGCUCCUUCCUUGGACUUCACUCUUAAACCUUUAACCGACCCAUAUUCUUCAUGUCUCUGUGCUAAUGGGAGAAAGACUUUUAAAUGGAUUCUCUCCGCUUCUGUCCUUGGAGCUAUGAAUGUGACUGUCAAUGCUUCAGCUGAACAAUCCCGGAGUCUGUGUGGCACUGAGUUUGUGACCAUGCCGGACAGAGGACGCAUUGACAUGGUCACUCAAAGUCUUGCUGUUCUGCCUGAAGGAGUUGAAAGAAUCUUCAACCAGAAUUGGUUAUUUUGUCCAAAGGGAAGUGUUCUUUCUGAAGAUGUAACUUUGACGUUUCCUGCAAAUUUGAUCCAGGGAUCAGCCAAAUGCUCAGUUUCAGUCGUUGGGGACAUAAUGGGUCGCGCACUAAAGAAUCUUGGUGACUUGUUACGUAUGCCAUCUGGCUGUGGAGAACAAAAUAUGAUAGUUCUUGCUCCCAAUAUUUACAUCCUGCAGUACCUGGAAGUCACACACCAACUCACCGCAGCUAUCCGACAGACUGCCACUGGUUACCUUCAGAGUGGAUACCAAGGACAGCUGAACUACAGGCACAGGGACGGUUCAUACAGCACAUUUGGUUACGAUGAAUCCAAUACAUGGUUGACUGCCUUCGUCAUGAGAUCUUUUGGUCAAGCAAGGCAUUUUGUCUUCAUUGAUCCAAAUGUCCUUCAGAGUGCAAAAGACUGGCUGAUCAGCAAGCAGGGUUCAGAUGGCUGUUUUAUGCAGCAGGGGACUCUAUACCACAGUGACAUGAAGGGUGGUGUUGGUGAUAAUGUGACCAUGACUGGCUACGUUGCUGCAUCACUGCUUGAACUAGGAGUCCUUGCCACGGAUCCAGUCAUCACCAAUGCUCUGUCAUGCUUAAAGCCUUUCCUUGGAAACCUGGGAAACACUUAUGCCACGGCUCUGCUUGCCUAUACCUUUGGUUUGGCUGGCGACACCAGCACUCGAGCACAGCUUUUAGGCUCCUUGAACACACUUGGCAUUUCUGAAGGAGCUAAGCUCCAUUGGUCUCAAACUACGUCUGGUGAUACUCUGGCGGUGGAGAUCAGCUCUUAUGUGCUGCUGGCGGUUCUCACUGUAAAGCCACUCACAACUGCUAAUCUGACCUAUGCUAACCGCAUUGUCAACUGGCUCGUGGCCCAGCAGAAUCCUUAUGGAGGCUUUUCCUCUACCCAGGACACAGUGGUGGCUCUUCAUGCUCUAUCACUGUACGCCGCUCAAGUGUUCAGUGCUGAGAGCUCCAGUACGGUUACUGUACAGUCAUCAACUAUGACAGAAGUGUAUAACUUUGACGUGACUCCGGACAACAGGCUGCUGUAUCAGGAGAAACCGCUGAAAAAUGUUCCUGGCAAAUAUAAUGUUAAGGCAAAGGGGUCCACCUGUGCGUCUGUGCAGGUUGUAUGUUUCUACAACAUCCCCACACCCAGUAAAGCUGCCAGGACUCUUAGUGUUGAGGUGAAGGCAGUGAGAGACUGUAAAGUAGUGGGAGCUGAUCUCUCAUUGAACUUCACUGUAAAAUACAGUGGUGCAAAACCAACUACUAACAUGGUUAUUGUGGACCUCAAAGUCCUGUCAGGUUUCACAGCAGACACAUCACUGCUUGGAUCUCCUCCAGAUUCAUUUGCGCCACUAGUGCAGCGGGUUGAUGCUGAGGAUGAUCAUGUGCUUGUGUAUCUGAAAGAGGUACCCAGAGGCAUCCCCAUGACCUACAGAAUUCAGAUGAAACAGGUUCUUGCAGUGCAGAAUCUCAAGCCAGCAGUCAUUGAGGUUUAUGACUACUAUCAGCCAAGGGAUUCAUUUGAGACCACAUACCUGCCCCCGUGUCCAUGAUUGUGCUUCUAGUCUGGCUAAGGAUUUUUAUGGUGGGAAAACAAUAAAAAAUGAAAUGCUAA